UUUGGGUAAGGGGAGAAAGCGUGGGCACCUAGCAUACAGCUCAUCUAUUGCCUUGUUCCCUUGAAAUUUCUUUGUACUUUACCGUACAAGAAAUAAAAGGGCCGCAAUGCUUAUAUUUUAUUGAUCACUGUUAGAGAUGCUUGUUUUUACUUAUAAAUAGAGGCUCGCAUAUUGCCCCAUCCAAACGCAUAUUGAUCUUCUUUGCUAUCUCUUUAUAAUUUCUAACUUUUGCUCUCGGUUCAUGCAAGCUUUUUUGAUUUUGUAUCAUCUCGAUAUCUGUCUAAAUCAAUUAGCUAUGGAUUUGGAGUUUGCACGUCAAGAGAAAGAAAAACAAGGCCUGUUUGCUCGUGGAUGGUCAGGGAUAAAGGAAUUUCCUAACAAUAUAAAGACUAGGGUGUUUGAAUUUUUUAGCAAGGUAAAAAAGCUAGGCCAAGAUGAUCCAAGAAGAGUAGUUCAUUCACUGAAAGUGGGACUUGCACUCACCUUAGUUUCAUUAUUUUAUUACUAUCAGCCACUAUACGACAGCUUUGGCGUUUCUGCAAUGUGGGCCGUAAUGACUGUCGUGGUAGUCUUCGAAUUUUCUGUGGGGGCUACUCUUGGGAAAGGUGUGAAUAGAGGAUUGGCAACGUUGCUUGCUGGUGCUCUAGCUGUUGGGGCUCAUAAGCUGGCUAACCUAUCUGGACGGAUAGGUGAGCCCAUAGUACUUGGGUUCUUCGUCUUCCUCCAAGCUGCGGUGUCUACGUUUGCAAGAUUCUAUCCCAAAAUCAAGGCAAGAUAUGAUUAUGGGUUGUUGAUAUUUAUUUUGACAUUCUCUUUGAUAUCUGUAUCGGGUUUUCGAGACGAUGAAAUAUUAGAAUUGGUUCACAAGAGAUCAUCAACCGUCCUCAUAGGUGGCUCUACCUGUGUCAUAGUUUCCAUUUUCCUUUUCCCUGUCUGGGCUGGUGAAGACCUCCACAACUUAAUUGCUUCCAACAUGGAAAAGCUUGGUAGCUUCCUAGAAGGGUUUGGAGAUGAGUACUUCAAAAUACCAGAGGACGGUGAGUCCAAAGGAGAUAAAUCCUUCUUACAGGGAUAUAAAAGUGUUCUUAAUUCAAAAAGUGACGAAGAUGCUUUGUCUAAUUUUGCAAGAUGGGAGCCAGGGCAUGGUCGAUUUCAGUUUCGACAUCCGUGGAAACAGUACCUGAAGAUUGGAGCUCUAACACGCCAGUGUGCCUAUCGAAUUGAAUCUCUUAAUGGACACAUAAAUGCUGAAAUUCAAGCAAAUCCAGAAAUUCGAAGUAAAAUCCAAGAGUCAUGCACAAAAAUGAGCUUGGAAUCUGGCAAAGCAUUGAAGGAAUUAGCAUUCGCUAUCAAAAGAAUGGUGAAACCAUUUUCUGCUGGUACCCACAUCGAAAACUCAAAAUCUGCUGCCAAGAAUCUCAACUCUUUACUCAAAUCAGGCUUAUGGGAUGGCGAUGUGGACCUCUUGCAACUGGUACCAGUGGCCACAGUAGCUUCGUUAUUAAUCGAAGUGGUCACCUGCACGGUGGAAAUUGCUGAAUCUGUUCAUGAACUCUCAUCCAUGGUAAAUUUUGAAGCCGUUGAGCCAACUGUCUCACCACAAAAACCAGAGACAGGACAACCUGAAAUUGUGAAAUCUUCCAAUGAUGCUAAUUUCCCUAGUGUUAUCAUUAUAAUUAGCGAGCCAAGUCCAGAAAAUGGGAAUUCUUCUGCAACAACAAUGAAUAAUUGUAGCAGUAGACCUACAAAUACGGAGGUGUAAACAUUAUAUAAAUAUAUUGCUAACCAAAUAUAUAUGAUAAUUUCCUAACUAAUUAAGUUAUUACUAUAAUGUUUUGAUGAAUCUUGCGAAAUAUAAAAUUAAUUAGCCACAAUGAGAUAUUUGACA